CAAGAAUCGCAAAGAAUUCUAUUUUUGAAACUUUUGUUUAUUUAAAAGAAUCGGAAAAAUGAAUGAAUUUUUGGACCAAUUAUCGGAUAUGAGAAGCGAAGAGUUUUGGACGCGAUUUCUGCGCCAAAACGCCGCCCGAGGGACGACAGAAACGACGCAAACGACGGAACGGACGACACAAACAACAAACAUGUCUUCCGUUUGCUCUGAACUCAAAUCCCCGAAAGUGGCGUUCAGUUCGUCCGCUUUCUUCGACCCGACGGCGCAUCCGACGAUCGAAGACCAGGUGUUUUUGAGUCGAGAAAUAGCGAAGCAAUUGGUUUGCGACGAAACGAACGCCAAAUCCAAGGGCCGAGAAAUGUAUAAACAAAGAGUGGAAAAGUCGUACAAAUGGGUGACGACUGCGACGACAGACGACGGCGAGGACGACACCGGCGGCGACGCGAACGACGACCACUCAAACACCAUAUCUGACGGGCCGCCCAAUCUGCGCCUCCUGUUGGACCCGCGCCACGUGCAGGACUUGAAUUCAUUGUCUUUCGAAUCGAACGAAACGGAAAUAAUGAGAGAAGAGAAGCGAACGCGAGAUUUCUGCGAAGGCAUUGUUGCGGACCUGACGUCACCGGAAGUGAAUCCAAACAAAGGAAACGUUUUGUUCGCAAAACGACAGCAACUGAGCGACGAAUGGGUCGUCGAGGCGACGGCUGGACGACAGACGGACGACGGCAGAGACGACGAGCAGCAGUGGAGGCCUACGUCUGUGGCGCUGAAGACGACGGACGACAGGACGAUGAGUGGGACGACACUUGAGCGACACUUUUGGGACGACAGCACUAGUAUUGCGCGAAAGUUUCGAGACUUCAACUCUCGAGCGAAGCCCUUCUCGCGCUCGCAAUGAAUAAAGUCUUUGUUUUGUGAA